AUGAAGCUCCUUACCAAAGAAGAAGAAGAUGCCCACUACAGCGCUGUCCUGCAAGGCGGCACCGUCGGUGGUCUCCUUGGUCUCGCCGGUGGCGUGGCCGGUGUCCUACUUGCCUCUCGCCGCUACCACACUAUCCGCAACCUCACCCUCCCCAUGAAGUCCUUCCUGGUGACGUCGUCAGGAACCUUCAUGGGUAUCAUCGCAGCCGACCACGCCUCCCGCGCAUACGAGAACGAGCGCAACGCCGCCUACCAAUGGUACGAGAAUCGUGAAGAGCGUCUCCGCCACGAGGAGAUGCGCGGUCUCAGCUUUACCGACCGCGCCGCCGCCUUCGCCCGCCGUGAAAAAUACAAGAUCAUCAGUGCCACCUGGGUCGCCUCCAUGAUUGGCUCGUUCGUGCUCGUCGGACGUAUCCCUGGCUUGACCGGUCAGCAGAAGCUCGUCCAGGCCCGUGUGUACGCACAAGGUCUGACGCUCGGUGUGCUGUGUGCUUCGGCCGCCUUUGAGAUCUCCGACCAGCGCCGUGGCCGUGGCUUGCUCGAUUCGAAGAAGCGAGCUAAUGCUGCUAAGGUCGCUGAGGAGGAGCAGGAACAGGAGCAGCAGCCUGUCCGCACUGCUCAGCCUGCUGAGGGUGAUCUCUGGAAGGAUAUGGUUGCUGCUGAGGAGGAGCGUUUGAGCUCUAAGCACCAGUCUCUCUACGAGGAGCAGAAGCAGAAGCAGCAGGCUGCUAAGAAGGCCGGUACCGAAGAGGCUAAGGCGGAAUCGAUUCCCGAGGGGAGCGAUGACAAGAAGGACUCUGAGAGCAAGAACUAA